CUAGGCAUCGCAGUCAUCGUCUGUGCUGUUAUCAUCCGUCUGUUCGCCACAUUCCUCGCAAUGACGCCUUCUCAACUCACCUACCGUGAGCGAGUCUAUGUCGCCCUGGCCUGGAUGCCCAAGGCCACGGUACAGGCCGCUAUUGGCGGACUGGCCCUUGAAGCAGCUCGCAAAACUGGGUACAAGGUAGCGGUCAGUCCUACGGGUGACAAGGAGGCGUAA